GUGGAGUUUUUAUACUUUUUAGAUUGCCUUAGCAGCAAUGGUGUUUUGCUCUAGUUUUAGAUAUAGAGAUGAACUAACUUGAAAAUUGUGCAAAUGUACAGUCAAAGUUAGAAUACAAGUUUCCUCCCCAACCCAUGUCUGACUCUUUCAUAAGAAGAAAUUGUGCAUGUUUGAUGUAAUUCACAACAGAUGUCUGAGAAGAAAAAGAAUGAAGACAAUGGGACAAGCACUUCACUAAGUAAAGCAAGCAAAGAUAUUUCCUAUAAGCUGCAAAACAAAGAUGGUGCCUGGGAUUCUUUGCAAAUGAUGACAAAACCAAAGCAGAACCAACUUACUCUUGUAACUGACUCAGAAGUGGCUUUGGUCAAUGCAUAUCUUGAACAAAGACGAGCGAGGCACCAUUCUGAAUUCAGCUGGUUGAAUCAGACCCAAUCUGACAGUGAUACUACUGAGUGUGAGAGUGAAGUAUCUAACUCGGGAGCCUCCUCUUGGAAGGAGAGUGAAAGUGAACACCACCAAUCACCAGCCAGUAUUAAGAAGAUAAAAAUAGCUGAGAGGCAAAGGAAUAUGGGAGGUUGCCAGAUCAGGGAAAGGCCCUGCCUCCACUGCAAAGCCAUGAGAACCAAUGAAUGGUGACCCGCCAUUUCCUUCAAAAUGCUUCGGUAACAACCCCAAUGAAGGGAGAUAUUCAAGAAGGAAAUUCUGGACCUGGUAUUAACAUAAAAUUCAGUAAAUUUUGAAUUUUUUCCAGUCCUUAUGUGAAGCCAAAUGAAAGAGAUGAAUA